CCCAAGAAGCGAAAAGCAAAGAGGGAACGAUGAACCAGAUUGCGACAAUAAAGACAGCCACUGUCGGUGGAGAGUCGGCACCCCCCGUCUCGAUGGACUCGCUGCCAUACGUGGAGACAGUCCACGAAGACUACGAAGAGUAUGCUCUGGCCAUGAUCGAGGAGGAAAUGAAAGCGAUUGCCCCACGGCCCAUGAAGAAGAUUUUUCCGAUGACCUUCCGGACGACAACAAUGAGAAACGAGUACAAUAAUUUGGUAGUGGCAGACGACAGCGGAGAAACUGGCGAUGUACAUGGAUUGGUUUUUCGAGGUCGUCCAAAAGAGCAACUCAAGAAGUUUCAGCACAAGAAAAUCGUGAAACCGACCACGACGGAAGAAUGGACGGAUGCCGCCGCAAACGGCGGUAGGGGCGCUCUGUCGCAGAUCAAAGCUCGCUACGAAGCCGAGCGACUUCGUAACUUGUUGUUGGAAGUCGAAAAGGAAGAGGGGAUCGCAAACUGGAAAGAUUACAACGCCAGGCUCAAUAAAUUGGGAACAUUCUGGAGCGAAUUGCUCAAAGACCAGAUGGAUGCGGUGGAGGAAAUAAAUUUUCGCCGACAGCAGGCACAAACCCAGCACGUUGGACCUGAAAUAGACAGAUUGAACCAAGAAUAUGAAGAAGCCCUCUAUCGGAGGAAUAAAUUGGAAUACACCAUCGAGGGAAUCAGAAGGGAAACAAAAACAAGCACUGCCGCUUUCAACAGCGAUGCUGGGGAAACCACUUCCCGGAAGAGGAGAGUGUAUGGUUCGAAUGCCGACUAGAAUUUGGAAAGAAAAUUUGAAUGGGCAC